GACCCCAAGCUCUCUGGAAUGAAUCCGCACCUUACAUUACAUGUUUCAAAACGUGAGCCGAUCGAAAUUUAGAAAUUUGAUUCGUGGGACGACAAAACUCUGAUUUUACAGUGUGCAGAUGAAAUGUGGAGGGCGGAGGUAAGGCACGGGCCUCUGCUGUCAGCCACGCGAAUGUCCUCUUCUUGCCCUUCCACGUACCAUGUUUCUCACAAUCCACCCUGCCACGUACUCCCGCGCCUCAACAUUAAAAGAAAAUCCCCCCUUACAGUCCAAUUGCACGAAUGGGAUCAAUGGUGAGGAAAGCAAACACGAACGCUAGCACGGAAAACUGGCACCUCCUAUUGCAGGUAUUCUCAUGCCUCGACGGGCCAAGCCUGGGCAGAGCUACCUGCGCCUGCAAAGCAUGGCGGGAGGUGGGAGUCCAGGAAGAUCUGUGGCAACAAAUCUGCCGGGCAAAAUGGCCUUCCUUGGAUUCGAACGCAGGAUCAUGCGUGGUAAAGCAAGCAGGCGGUUACAGGCGGUUGUUCGCCCGCCGCUUUCAGGCCCAGCAUGCACAGCACCGCUCUGAUGAAGAAAAACCCUGCCUUUCUUUACAAAGCCUCAUCUUUCUAGUGGAUGUUACAGUCGGCAAUGAGGUUUUGUGUUCCUUUGUACGGCGCGGCCAUGAGCUGAGCGGCGGCGAGGUGUUUCAAUUUACUGUUAGUUUGUGUGAUGGGGAAGUGGUGGGGAAGGGAAGGGAAGUUGAGAAGAUUGAGGCGCUUCGGAAUGUGAAGGUGAGCUGGGCGGUUAUGGUGAUGGGCAGUGAUAGGGUUUUUCAGGUUAUGGAUUCGAUCAAGGCCGGGCAAGUAAUUGGAGGCGGUUGUAGUUUUUGGGAAGCGUUGGCGGAUCAUCGGUGCUGCUGUGCGCCCGGAAUGAGCCAGCAUUUGGCGGAGGUUGGGCUUGGUUUGGGCGUCAAUGGGGGUUUACAGGAGGUCUCGCUUGCGCUUCUGAAUACUCUCGAUUGGAGAUAUUUCUCCAUUGCUCAUGCUCUCACUUAUUUCCAGCACCUCUUCUUCGGAUGACAUUUCAGAACAUAAAAUUCCCUUUCUUUUCUCCAAGAUUUUCAUGUUCUUGUAAUUAAUUGUUCCUUUUUAUUGAAAUGAAACUAUGGAGAACUGAUUGUAGCGGCUGCCUCAACCGCCCAGGGAUUUUUGAAGGACGUUUUGUAUGCAUCUGAUCUGGUUGCAGACAAGGUUUGGGUUGCAGAAUCAUCUGGUUUUUGUUAUGUUUGCAUCAGACAUUUUGGAUUGAUUUUUGAAACGAUCGAACUUAUAUUUCUAUGUUCUCUGUCUUCUGUUUGGGGCCCACUUUGACCAAAUUAUCAUUGUGGACCCACGGCCGUAAUAAGCAAUCUUGGAUUCAAGGUGGGCUAACGAUCUUAAUGAAGUGUUCUUUCAUUAUCAAUAAAUUUUAAGAACCAGUUUUGUUGUUUUUGA